GUUAUCUGGGAAUAUAAUUGCCAGCUAGCGUCUCGUAUCUGCUCACGUAAUUACAAAUGAUAAAUGACGUCAUUAAUAAGUUUUAUAUCAACGAGAAAAAAAAUUAUGUAUUUGCGUAUAAAUUAUGAAUAAAUUACAUAUUUCAAACGUGAACAAAAAUAGAAGGUCACAAUCUUCUAUUUGCUGUUGCUAUUUGCAACACAUAAAAAACUUUCAGGGCUGCAGUUCUUAUAUAAUCUGCCACUUCUUUCGCUUUUUUAUCUUAGCUGCGUGAUUUGCACUAUAUCUCGAUCCAGCAGUCAAUUGGAGAAAAAAAUGAUAUAAGAUUCAAAAAUAAUAUAUCUAUCCGUCAGUAGAGAAGUGAACGCCAGUGAAAAAUGUUGAGUGUAAAAUUUUUUCAAUAUUAAGUUAGAUUGAUUAUCAGAAAGUAAGAUAGAUUAUUUUUAACAUACAAAACCUUUCGUUAAUUGUGACUUUAUUAUAAUCAUACCAAGGAGUAAAAUGAAGAAGAAACACAUCAAUGACGUUCAAACGCAGACUGUGGAUGAACAUUAUAAAUUACUCCUAGAAGAUAACAGUGUAAUCGAUCCGGAAAUAAUCGAUGUAACAAUCAAUAAUCUUCCAGAUUGGUAUGAUAAAAAAUUGUACAAAAAGGCUCAAAACUAUUAUAAGCGAAAUAUGGCAUCAAUUUUAAUAGCAAAUAUAACAGGGUUUAUUAUAACAUUUUCAGUGAAGACAAUACAGAAGGUGCUUUUAUAUACAAAACAAAGUAAUUCGACAACUUUAGCUCUUAAAAGAUAUGUCGAAACUAUAUUACACAUGCAAAACUUAUACACGUACGAUAUAAACGACACAGAUUCAAAAUGGUACAAAACCAUGAAUGCAAUUCGUCGGCAUCAUAAAAUAAGCACUAAAAGAUUAAAAAACGCUGGUAUUGGAGAAAUUUCUCAAAGAGAUAUGGUAUUUACUCAAUAUAGUUUUGCGGCAUUUGUUUUCGUCAUGCCUAAGUCUUUUGGACUGAGUGAUACGCUAGAAGAAAGAGAAGCAUUUAAUCAUUUCUGGCGUGUAAAUGGCUACAUGUUAGGAAUCUCUGACAAAUUUAAUUUGUGCCGCAAAAAUGCAAAGGAAACUACUGAAUUAUGUCAGAAAAUCAAAGAUUUGUUUGUAAUUUAUUUGAGUAAACCUUCAUCUGAGUUUGAUUAUAUAAUGUCAAAUGUGUUAAAUGCGUUUUGGUAUUUUACCAUGGCUCAUAUAAAUACAAAUUGUGCUAUGGCAUAUACUUAUGAAUUAUAUGGUCUUGCAUUCAUAUUGCCAACAAUUGUUGCAGCAACUAAUUUAGACUAAUUCGGAACAAGAUGGGACAUCAUUAUGUUUGUUAGGUUAAAUUCAUAUAAAUUCUGUUUUUAACAAGGCAUAUUGAUAGGCAUCAAUUUGUUAUCAAUUAUUCGUUAUUGUCAUGUUGCUAUUAUGUCGUAAACGAUAGAACGUACCAAUAUUGCUGAUCGUUUUUUUUAAUGUUCUUAACUGAUUGUACGUAUAAGUAUUAUAGUUAUUACUGAAUUUGUAAUGUGUUUUAUUUCAAUGUUAGCAAUUAUAUGCAAUGUGUUAGUUUGCUCAGAAUGCUACAUCACACUCGGUUCUCUGAAAGGUCAGCUUUUAUUUACAAAACGAGAUAAAAAAUUCGCUAUUGCCCACAAUUGCGGGAAGUGAAUGCAUAAACCGAAGUGUAUUUACACGCACUAGUUUUUUUUA